GGAAGAGGUUGCCAAAAAAUCUAUUCGAAAAGAGCCUUAUUUUGAACGAGUUCGUGCUACAUCAAACAACAACCAGCAGGCAAAGAACUAACUCAAUAUUUCGAAGAUUUAAGGUGGCUCUGAACUUAAUCUACAUUUUUUGUCAAGAUUAUGCAAAAAGAGGAAAGUUGUCGUAAAUCCUCCAGGCAUGGGUAACAUUUUUAUAAAUAUACUUGUAAAGGAGCAAAAAUAAAACUUAGCAUGAAUUGAAUUCGAUUUAUUAGAAGAAAAAUGUAUCGAUUAAUUCGCACAUAUGUCAGUGAUAUUCCUUGAUUAAAUUCAGAUUCGUCUGUUUUGCAAGUCGAUGUGAACCUAUCACAAGAUCUCCUUCUUUAGACUCACCUACCGACUGGAAGAGGCAACUUCAGAUUGAAACUUAAGAAAAUACGUCAGAACAUAAGAAGCCAAAAGUGUUUAGAGUUAGAGAGCUAAUAGUGAAAAGGCAUUUGCAACGAUGGUGGCCUCGUUGGACGAAUAUCCACAGUUAGUGGUAGACUUAGCGCAACGCAGCAUCCCACUUAAGGUCCUGGAAUUAACCGCCCUCAUUGUUCUCAUUGCAUUAGCGUUCUUUGGCAACGUUAUGAUCUGUGUGGCUGUUCUCCGGACCCCUGCCCUCCGAACAGUGUCAAACAUGUUUGUUACAAACUUGGCGGUGAGCGAUAUUUUAAUGGCGGUUGUUUGUAUGCCACUAACACUGUGCGUGCUUAUCUCAGGGGAUUGGCCGUUCAGCGCAGUGGUAUGCGAUCUUCAAGGGUUUUUCAUGUUUUCGUUUGGAAUUGUUUCGCAAAUUAAUAUGUCGGUGAUUGCUUUAAAUCGCUACUUCGCCAUUUGCCGACCGUUUGAUUGCAAAGCCAUCUUUACCAAAGGAAACGUGAUUUGCAUGAUUGCCUUUCUGUGGAUUUUACCAAGCAUUGCAAGUGUUCCUCCUUUGACGGGCUGGGGAUAUUACGCUUUUAAUGGAGGCAAAGCUUUCUGUAUAUACCCCUUCAACGUCAACUUGAUUUACACCACGAUUGUCCAGCUUCUGUUCAUUGCGUUUCCACUGGGACUUAUCGGAUUCAGCUACACGAAAUGCAUCAUGGCGAUAAGAGCAAACAACCGACAAGUCGCGCAAAUGGAAGACAAUUCUGGUCAAGCCAAUCGACAGUCGAGAAAGGCGCGCGAAAUUCGUGCCACCUGGACGAUGAUGUUCGCCACCUUGGGAUUCAGCUUGUGUUGGUUUCCAGUCUCCAUCAUAGAUUUUGCAGACACGUUCACAGGAGGCGGGAAUUUACCACGUGGAGUUUUCAUGCUCAACGGGUUUCUGAUUUUCACGUCAAGUUCCAUCAAUCCUCUCAUCUACUGGCUAACAAACCGCGAUUUCCAAAAGGCUUACCGGAAAUUAUUGCCAUGCACUGAAAAUAAUAUUAUCAUAGUGAACGAGGUUUCACACCCCACACAAAUAACUGGUUCUCAGCAACGUGUGAAUGAACAACUGUAAUAUUUAUUUCAAUCGUUCAUCUGAAGUACAUUUACCCUUUGCUAUCAUCAGAACGACAUUGAUUUGAUCAAAUUGGAAAUAUGUUAUGAGCCAGAUUGAUAUCAUGUUAAAUUGUGCGCAUGCAUUAUUAUCUCUCCAACUCGGCUUCAUGAAAACAUAACUGAUUAAAGAUCAAUAUAUCAAGCAGACCA